AUGAAUUUGUUGGUUGAUGACAAAGGUGCCCUAGAGAUUGCUGAUCUCUACAGGGUUCACCUUAGAGUUGACAUCUUUAUUCAAUACGUAUUGAUGAAGCCUGAUUUUGCUCAGGUACCAGUUGAUGAGAUACCCCUUGAUGAAAUACCACUUAAUGAGAUUGUAGAUGAGACUGAAGUUAUGCUUGAGGAAAUGAUGAAUGAAAUUGAAUUGCCAGCUGAUGAUGUUAAUGGACAGGGGGAAAAUGAUGUUGGGGUUAGUGAUGUAAGGGAUAAGGAUGCAGUAGAUACUGAUGAUAAUGGACAUAGGGUUGAGGAGGUUGAUGAUGGGCAUAGUUCUAAUAGUUCUAAUGAUGAAGACUUCCAUUAUGAUAGUGCAAUGGAGGUAGUAUUUGAUGAUGACUCUGAUGAGUAUGAAACUGAGUUGGAUGAGGAAGAUGGUAACCUACUUGAAGAUGAUAAUGUAGGAGUAAAAAGCAAAAAAGGUAAAGAAAAGUUGGAAGAAAACAAAGAAGACUUGAAAGAAAAGUGA